AUGGCGGCCGCCACUGUCCUGGCCGCCAUACUGGCGAUGUCCUGCUGCUGCUGUGCCGCGUCCGCCACCACUGCAGCCACCACCACGACGGUGACGGCAGCGGCGGAGUCAGACCGCAUCGACAGGCUGCCGGGCCAGCCGCCGGUCAACUUCUCCAUGUACUCCGGCUACGUCACCGUCGACGCGGCCGCGGGGCGGGCGCUCUUCUACUGGCUCAUGGAAGCCUCCGGCGUGCCGGCGGACUCGGCGCCGCUCGUGCUCUGGCUCAAUGGCGGGCCCGGGUGCUCCUCUGUAGGCUACGGCGCUAUGGAGGAGCUCGGCGCCUUCCGCGUCAACCCCGACGGCGCGACGCUCUCCUUGAAUCCCUAUGCAUGGAACAAAGUGGCGAACGUGCUGUUCUUGGACUCGCCAGCCGGCGUCGGCUACUCCUACACCAACACAACCAAUGAUCUGUACGCUGCCGGUGACAACAAGACAGCUCAUGACUCGUAUGCUUUCUUGAUAAAUUGGUUGGAUCGGUUCCCGCAGUAUAAGUAUCGUGAUUUCUACAUUGCCGGAGAGAGCUAUGCAGGCCACUAUGUCCCUCAACUGUCUCGGGUAGUGUAUCGAAACAAUAAAGGAACUGAGAAUCCAACCCUAAACUUCAAAGGUUUCAUGGUUGGAAAUGCGGUAACUGACGAUUACCAUGACUACAUGGGCACAUUUGAGUAUUGGUGGACACAUGGGCUUAUCUCCGAUGAAACUUAUGCGAAGUUGUGGUCGACCUGUAAAUACGAUGUGGCUGAGCACCCCUCUGAGGAAUGUCAAAAGAUCUAUGAAGUUGCCUAUGAUGAGCAAGGGAAUAUUGAUUUCUACAGUCUCUACACGCCUACUUGUAAGAAGAGUUCAUUGGAUAAGCGCAGGCUAAUAAGGGGAAGAAUGCCCUGGUUGCCCAGAGGAUAUGAUCCCUGCACCGAGAAGUACUCCACAAAGUACUACAACUUACCUGAGGUGCAGAAAGCUUUACAUGCCAAUGUCACUGGAAUACCAUACCCCUGGGUAACCUGCAGUGACCCAGUCUAUGAUUAUUGGAAAGAUUCGCCGAGAUCGAUGCUUCCUAUAUACCGUGAACUUAUCGCUGCAGGCUUAAGGAUAUGGGUUUUCAGUGGUGAUGCUGAUUCUGUUGUCCCCCUCACCGCGACAAGAUACUCCAUUGAUGCCCUCUUUCUACAAACUGUCACAAACUGGUAUCCUUGGUACGACGAUGAAGAGGUUGGUGGGUGGUGCCAAGUGUACAAGGGAUUGACACUGGUCACGAUCCGAGGUGCAGGGCACGAGGUUCCCCUGCACCGUCCGCGGCAGGGCCUGAAGCUCUUCGAGCACUUCCUGCGAGAUGAGCCCAUGCCCAAGCCUGUAGAUAGCAUUCAGUCGUUUUAG